AUGUAAGACUAAAAUAAAUCAAUAACAGACGAAAAAAGCGCACAAUACAUAAGCAACAUAUCUCUAGACCAAUAAAUAAUUGAGAAAAGGCAAGAUAGUGAAUAAGAAGAUGAUAGAUUAAAUCCUUAAGAUGUUUUUCGUCAUAAAUAUAAAUGGUAUUUUCUUGUUUUUGCAAAUUUAAUAUUGGUAGGAGGUUUUUUCACUAAUUCAUUUUAAGCAUUUAUAAAAGAAUAAUUUAUGCAAUCAAUGUAAAUCGAUAAUAGUUAAUACGGACUUUUUGUCCUUAUUCCUCCCAUACCGAACUUUAUACUUCCGAUUUUCGCAGGUCUUAUAUUAGAUAAAUUAGGUUUAAGAUUUUCUAUUUUUAUUUUUGCUCUUUUAUAACCUAUAGGUAUGUUAUUUUGUUUAAUUUCAUAUUACGUUAAGUCUUUUGAAGUAAUGAUUUUUGGAAAAACAUUUCAUUAAAUAGGUAGCGAACUAAUACAAAUAGCUUAAAGUUCUAUACUAAUAAAAUGGUUUGACAACACAACUUUAAAUACUGCUUAUACUACUGGAAGCUUUAUAAGAUAAUUAUCAAGUUCUUUAUCUGGAAUAAUUGUCCCUUUGCUUUAUUAGGCUAACAAUAAUUUAUAAUUGCCACUUAUUGUAAUUUUUUUAGUUUGCUUUUUUCUUUUUUGA